CCUGCGUUGAUUUCAUACCAAACUCAUACUUUACAUUCCACCUUUACUGUCAAACCGGGAGAAAUAUUUAUUUAAAAUAAUAAAGGAACCUUAAAAAUAAGAGGCUGAAAUAAGUUAACUUUUAACUUGAGCCUGACGCGGGAAAGUGAAUACCCAACUAAAGAAGCCCACAGUUUGGGGGGCUAGCCACUGGGCACAGGGGGAACCGCCAUCAUUGCGUCCAACGAGUGGAGCGCUAACGGCAGCCCCGAGGGGGCGCUGGAGGAUGGGAGUGACGAGCUGGACAAGGCCAUGGACGGUGACGCUGAGGGUGUCUGGAGCCCGGACAUCGAGCAGAGCUUCCAAGAGGCUCUGGCCAUCUAUCCCCCCUGCGGCCGACGGAAGAUCAUCCUUUCUGACGAGGGCAAGAUGUACGGUCGCAACGAACUGAUAGCCAGGUACAUAAAGCUCCGGACAGGCAAAACCCGUACAAGAAAGCAGGUGUCUAGUCACAUACAGGUCUUAGCACGGAAGAAGGUUCGAGAGUUCCAAGCGGGCAUCAAGGCCAUGAAUUUGGAUCAGGCCUCCAAAGACAAGGCCCUCCAGAACAUGGCAGCUUUGUCGUCAGCGCAGAUUGUGUCCCCCAGCAUCAUCAUGAAGAGCCCCCUGCCUCAGCCAACCUACCCCGCUACUGCCAGGUUCUGGCCCGGCCACAUCCCAGGAGAUCCUGGACCUUCCCAGGAUAUCAAACCAUUUGCACAGACCCAGUACCCCAGUUUCCAAGGCCCAGUGCCCACCCCUAUUUCAUCCUAUGAGUCCCUGGCCGCCCCUCUUGGCCCGUCUGCCACGGCAGUGCCUGUGUGGCAAGACCGCACCAUUGCCUCAUCCAAACUGAGAAUGCUGGAGUACUCCGCCUUCAUGGAGGUACAGAGGGACCCCGAUACGUACAGCAAGCACCUGUUUGUCCACAUCGGGCAGACCAACCCAUCCUACAGCGACCCGCUCCUGGAGGCCGUGGACAUUCGGCAGAUCUACGAUAAGUUCCCGGAGAAGAAGGGAGGGUUGAAGGACCUGUACGAGAAAGGCCCCCCCAACGCCUUCUUCCUCGUCAAGUUCUGGGCGGACCUGAACAUCAGUGGCAUGCAGGAUGGGCCUGGGUCAUUCUAUGGCGUGAGCAGUCAGUACAGCAGCUCAGAGAGCAUGACCAUCACCGUGUCCACCAAAGUCUGCUCCUUCGGCAAACAGGUUGUGGAGAAAGUCGAGACAGAGUACGCAAGCUCAGAGGGGGGGAGGUACAUGUUCCGCAUCCACCGCUCCCCCAUGUGCGAGUACAUGAUCAACUUCAUCCACAAGCUGAAGCACCUGCCCGAGAAGUACAUGAUGAACAGCGUGCUGGAGAACUUCACCAUCCUGCAGGUUGUGACAAAUAGGGAGACUCAGGAGACAUUGCUGUGCAUUGCGUUCGUCUUCGAGGUGUCAACAAGUGAACAUGGGGCACAAUACCACGUCUACCGGCUAAUCAAGGAUUAGAGGUCCUGUAGGGAGGACUGGUUGGCACGCAAACUGUCCUCACACUGCCUGCCUACAAAUAAUAAAGAAAAAGAAAUACACACAAACCCCCUCAGACUUCAGACAAAGCAAAUUUUACAGUAAUACGCAUAAUAUCAAAGUGGAUAAUCUUUAUUUCUGUGUUUUUCUUAUUUUUAUAGGAAAUGUAUGAUCUUUAAACAAAAAUACAAAACAAAGAAUGGUGCACCACUACUUUGUGUAAGGGCAGUAUUCAACAUAUAUUUAAAAAUGGCAGGUUGCAUUCAUUGUGUUCCUUAAAUAUAUAUUUUUUCAGGGAUAUUUUUUUUUCCUGUGUUUAGGGGAUAAGGAUGUUUAACUAACGUAUUGGUGAUGUGUAUCAGAAAUGUGCCUUACAGGAGCUCUGAAUCUCUCCGGUGAACAAGGCCCUGGUAGCAUGGUAGACUCAACAAUUAGAAAGGUGCAAAAGCAAGGACUAUAGACGUAAGAGUGAAGAAAAGACUACACAAAAAAGCAUAUUGGAUGGGAACCUGGGAUAUCAAAUUGUCAACUUGAAAAUAGUGGUCACUUGGACUCGGUCUCUUUGAAGUGCCUCACAACACUGAUGACUACCUCUUGCCUUGAAUAAACAAAAACUACAGGGAGAAGAUGUGGAGCCAUAGGUUAAAAGCAGACCUUGGCUUAGCAUUCUGCAUUCUUAACUCCCAAAGCACCCUUUUUGUGGCACAUGUUAUUCAAAAUAAAACAAAAAGAACAGACUUGUCAGUCUCUUAGGAAGCAACAGGCUUCAACGGAUUGUCCUGCCCUCUCCUCUCUUCACCAGUUGAGUCGGCUAUGGAACUGGACAGAAAUACUGUUUGGAUGUGUGUUUGUUGGUUUGCUGGUAUUUUCUUAACUUGUUAGUCAAAGCCAUAACAAAUUGUGGCUGAAUGUUUCUACCUCCUGGUACUUUGUGACAAAUGUUUUUUUUUUUCCUUCGAAAGCUUUAAAAAAAAUAUUUGGAAACCCAGGAGAGGUACCAGUGGCCCAACCUAAAGCCCAAAGACUCCCAGCACUUCCCAGAUCCAGUACAGGUUGUGGGGGUCUUACUGUGCAAUUGAAUCCAGGGUAUACAAAAAAGAAAAUGUUCAAUGUUAUGUUUUGUAAGCUGCAUUAAAACAAAAUGAGGGAUUUCUUUAUUGUGUUGCUGUGGGAGGAUACCUUCCAAGAGGGUAGUCCGGGGGGAAGAUCUGUGUGUUUGCCUUGAUCACAUUCUUGGAACUGAAGUGGAGCACCCUUGUAUUUUUGUGAGAGAGCGUCCGAGCUUUGUCUCCAGUGGACGGAGGGUGGAGGCAAAGGGUGAGGACGAGACCAGCAUGACCCCUGCAUCAAGUCAUCUGUCUAAGGGGUCUGGAGAGACCUUGGGGGAUGUCAGUUGGCCCAGCAGACUGCAGCAGUGCCUUUCACUGACUACCUUUUUAUUCAGCUUUUUAAAAGAGACACUUGUACUUAUUUGAAUGAUUUUUGUUGUUUUAUUUGACUUGACAAUACAAGCCAUGUGCUUCUGUUGAAAAUUACGUGUGUUAAUGUCAACACUGAUGUUGUUUGUCUGUUUAAUGUAUUUUAAAUUGAAGGUGGGGGCAAGUUUUUCUUUUUUUUAAUUUGCUAAUACACUCUAGCCUUGGUUGCCAAUAGUGCAUUGCACUAUUGUAUACUCUAUUGUCCACAAGCUGAUGGGUUGUAUCAUGUAAUCUGUGUAUAACACAUAAUCUACCAAUAAAAAAGAACAGGCAUGGUGC